CAUAGCGGUGAAAUAGCAAUGGCGGUGGUCCCAAAGGGAGAGAUGCUUUACAAAAUCUACAGAACUUUAAGCUACGGUCUAUCCCCGCUGAUUCACCUUCACUUACACUGGCGCAGGCUCCGAGGACUGGAGCACCCUAUCAGGUGGCGCGAACGCUUAGGUCAGCCUUCCCUCCCCCGUCCCUCCGCUGGCCCACUUCUCUGGUUCCACGCCGUCUCUUUAGGGGAAGGAAUGGCCGCCAUUCCUGUCAUCAAAUUUUGCACUCAACGGAGUCCGGGUAUCAACAUUUUGAUGACGACGACAACGGUUUCCGCAUUUGAAGUACUGAAAGAUAGACUUCCAGUUAAUGUAAUAUAUCAGUUUGCUCCACUUGAUACACCUGCUGCCAUGGAUGCUUUCCUUGGGUAUUGGAAGCCAAAAUGGAUUGUAAUAAUGGAGAAUGAAUUAUGGCCGAAUCUUAUUAUGGGUGCUUCCAGACUUGGUAUUUGUCUUGCAUUAUUAAAUGCUCGUUUGUCUGCAAAAUCCUUUAGACAUUGGUCAAGACCACUCUUGUUUCCACUAAUAUCUCUUUUAUUGUCCCAAUUUUCUUUGAUUGCUCCAUUGAGCAAUGUUCAGGCAAUUCAUUUUCAGCUACUUCAAGCUCCACCUUUUUGCAUAAAUUUUUCUGGCGAUCUAAAAUAUGCGGUGAAUGAAUAUGAUCUUCUAAAGGAAGAUGCUGAACAUAUAGAAUAUCUGCAAAAACAACUUUCUCAAAAACAGGUUUGGAUGGCUGCUUCAAUUCACCGUGGUGAAGAAGAAAUAAUUUUAGGAGUCCACAACAUUCUUAUGCAAAGUCACCCAGACAUUGUCACCAUUAUUGUUCCUCGGCAUCCACUACAUGGAAAAGAGAUUGCCAAAGUAUUGAAUAAAGGAGGGCUGAAUGUAGCUUUAAGGUCUCAACAUAAAAAGCUUAUUCCAGGAACAAGCAUAUAUUUGGUGGAUACGCUUGGUGAAUUGAGGCAUUUGUAUAAGUUGACCCCAAUAGCCGUAAUUGGAGGCUCUUUCUUACCUGGGUUAGCUGGCCAUAACAUAUCAGAAGCAGCAGCUGCUGGCUGUGCUGUUUUGACUGGUCAUCAUAUUGGGCAUUUCUCGCAUAUGGUGAGAGAAAUGCAGCAAUUAAAUCCUUUGUCGGUAAUGCAGGUGUCAGGUAAGCUAGAGCUUGAAAAGGCUCUAGGGGAGCUCUUUGCUGAUGCAAAGAUUCUUGAGUCACGACAGAAUGCUGCAAAAGAAGCUUUCCAUUCUUUAUCAACUGCUGUUGUUUCCAGUGCUUGGGAUCUACUGGAUUUCCAUUUAUCAAGGCAGGAAUAAAUGUCGGUGACAAUUCGUAGAGAUUAGGCACCUGCUUCAACUGUUGGACCCAAUCUUUGUGGCUGUUCCGCCACUACCACCUUUGUCACAUGAAAUCAUGAAAAAAAAAUGAAUUAAUGCCCUUCAUGAGCUUAACCGAGGUCUUUGUUGUUAACACCUGUCACAAGGUAUAGCCAGGGGGCCAUCUUUUCUAGCAGGUGAUGGAGAACUGGUUUGUUCAAGUAAUCUGACUUUACGACAAACCUCCUGCCAGCGUCCCCAACGGUAACAGGUAAGUGACCAGUGGGACGUAUCUGUGAUAUUUCUUCUCACUGGAUCAUGUGGGUGUUCUCCACAUGGAGUCAUGUCACCAGGUUUGAGUUUUUUCUUGAAAAAUGGGUGUUUGUAUGUGCACUUGCACAUGGUGACCUGCAGAAUUUUAUCUGGAUCAUAUCAGCAGAAUAUUAUUCGGAAUUAGCUAAAGGUAUGGAUUGGUGUUUCAAAGAGUUGAAUUAGCUAAAGCUGGAAUAUUAUCUCGA